GAGAUAACAGCUGCAGGGAGUUCAGGGCCUCCCCUGAUCUCUAGCCUUAUCUACUCUCCCAAAUUAUUGCCUUUUGAAAGGUGGGGGGAAGCAAAAGAGGAGAAGGGGUAAGAGUUAUAGCCAAGAAAAGUUCCUUAGUUCUGUCCAGUGGCCUACCUGAGGGCAGCAUGGGCUCCAAGUACCCCAAGUCUCUCAGGAUAUCCCUGCCCUUUUGGGCCCUGCUGUUGGAAGCUGCUUUCAUUCUGGUUUUCUGCUUUUUCACGUCUUAUGAGACCCCCUCAGAGAAGUUGGAGUUUCUGAAGAGAUAUCCAGCAGCCUUCCAGGAUAUCAAUGUCAUGGCGGUGCUUGGCCUGGGCUUCCUUAAGGCCUCCUUGAGGAGAUUCACUUGGAGCAGUGUGGUCUUCAACCUCUUUACCCUGGCCCUUGGGGUGCAAUGGGCCAUUAUCCUGGAUGGCUUCCUGUUCUCUUUCACCAGUAGGAAGAUCGCCAUCAGCAUUCACAGGAUCAUACUGGGUACUAUGAGUACUAUGUCUGUCCUCAUUUCAUCUGGGGCCACCCUGGGCAAAGUCAACUUGAUCCAGCUGAUAGUCAUGACCAUGCUGGAAGUAACAGCCUUCCAAGGAACUAAGAAGCUCACCCAGGACUUCCUUAAGAUGGAAGAACAUCAGAGCAUGAUGCAGAUCCACGUGUUUGGGGCCUACUUUGGUGUGGCCGUGGCCUGGUGCCUCUCAGAGCCAGGACUGAGUACUGCCAAGGACAAGGAACGCGGAGCCAUAACUUCCAGUCUCUUUACCACACUGGGUACCUUUUUCCUGUGGAUCUUCUGGCCAACCUUCAAUUCUGCCCUGAUAAAACUACCUGGUGAGAAGGAAACUGCUGUAUACAACACUUAUUAUGCCCUUGCUGUCAGCGCAGUGGUCGCCAUGUCAUUUUCAGCUGCAAGUCACUCAGAUGGGAAAAUCAGUAUGACCCAUGUCCACAGAGCAACACUGGCUGGAGGGGUCGCUGUGGGAGUCACCACCACUCUCAUCAAAUCACCUUGGAUCGCCAUGGUGCUGGGCCUUCUUGCAGGCAUGAUUGCCAUUGGAGGAGCCAAGUGCUUGCCGGGAUGUUUAAACCAGAUCAUUGGGCUUCAUGACACUUGUGAAGUUCAUUCAACCUUUGGAUUGCCAGGGCUACUGGGAGGACUAACUUACAUUCUGUUGAUGAUUCAGCAAGCUAGCUGGACCACCCCGUCCAUGGUUAGCUUUCAGAUCCUGAUUUCAGCCGGCUGUCUCAGUCUGUCCAUGGCUAUGGGUUUGGCAGGAGGUCUCCUGACAGGUUUGAUUUUAAGUCUCAACCUAUGGAAGGCACCGCCUGCAGUUAAAUACUUUGAUGAUCAGGCCUUCUGGGAGUUUCCCCAUUUGGCUGCUGGAUUUUAAGCCAACAGACUCAAGAAAUGGAAGGCUAGUUAGGAGCCAAAGAAGACCACCAUUAUUUCCUCCUCCUUUCAUUUAUCUUGACCUUUCAAUGAUCUGACUGUGUGAUCCUAGGUCAGUCUUUCUGGUCCUCAAAUUUCCUUUUCUAUAAAAUGAGGGAGUUAAGACUGGAUCAUCUCUGAGGUCCCUUUUACCUCUUCAAUUCUAUUCUCCUCUUAAUAGUUAUAUUCUCAUUCUACCAAACAUAUGAAGAAAAACGACUG